AUGGGUGGUCAAGGCAGAGCAAAAGCCCUUGGGAUGGCAAUCCUUGCUUUUGCAAUUGUGUGCGCUGUGCUCGCCACCAAACCCAUGCCGAUUGUAACUGCAGAAAGCUUCACCGAACAACGAAGCGGCGAUAGCAAGGCAGAAUUCGACCUAUCGCCAGUCGAAAAGGAAGAAACGUCUUCCGUACAAAGGCGAGAGAUCGGCGGGGUUUCAGUUUUGAUGGAGCGACCAGCGAACCCCAAAGGAAUCCUCUUUGUUGCUCAUGGUUGUCACCACAAUGCAGAAGAUUGGUGGCCUUCCACACCUGACGUUUGUCCUGAAUGCAUUGGUCUUCCAGAGGAACUCGCCAUUGUGAAAAUGGCCUUAGAAUUUGAAUUGGCCGUUGUCGCUGUUUCCAGCGACGAUCGUGUGUCCAAAUGCUGGUCUGGUACCGAUGGCCCCAUUGUGGCGAAAGUACUCACGGCACUCGAAGAAGAAAUCUUGGAAACAGAUCAAGAAUCUAAAGUCCCUAUACUGGCGUUUGGGGCUUCUUCAGGAGGUGGUUUUGUAGGACGAAAACUGAUCAAAAGCAUGCGCAAACUGGGGCGCGAUCUCGAUGGUUUUAUUGCACAGAUUGCUGCACCAGACAGCCGUUCGGAGCUUCCCAAGGAGAGGGGGGAACACCCAUUUCCGAUCGCAACCUUCAUCACCAUGAAUCGAGAUGUGGGCAGUGACGAGCAUGUCCGAGAAAUUGUGGAAGGCCUGCAGCAGGAGGGGCACCCCGCUAAGCAUACACGGCUACCUCCUCUCGCUCUUUCUCACACCUUUUUCCAAGACCGAAUUCCUCACUACACAUUGGAGCAAUCUAAGACCAUGACUCAAGCGUUGCGGAAAUCCAACUUUUUGGACGAAUCAACGUUUGAGUUAAACAAAGACCCAAGACGCUCAACAUGGCGAGACGUCCUCAAAGAACACGUUGCCUGUCCACCCGAUUGUUUGGUGGCUGAUCAGUCUCCAGUUUCGGAAGUGAUGAAUGUAGCGUGGGGGGCACAUGAAAUGGCUCGUGAUGGCGUGAGGGAAUCUAUUGCUUUCAUUCUGAGGGAGCAUGCUCAGCAAGGCACUACACAAGGAUCCAGCUCUUUUGGCGGCCUUACGCUACAGUCUGCGAACAACGCUGGAUAA